AUGCAAAAUGUGACGGUGAAAGUUGCAAGGAGCAGGAGCCAGCCUUUUGUUGAAAAGAUCUGGAAUGAUGUAUUAGCCGAUGUGGAAGUUAAUUCAAAUCUAGGCGGCGAUACAAAUGCCAUUGUGUUUGGCCAUAAUGAAAGCCAAAGCGAUGAGCAUCUUAGCAAUGGAGAAUGCUUGGAUGAUGACAGUAUUUUCAAAGCAAAUACUCUUGUUGAAAUAUGCUCCAGUAGCGAUCAGUCUAAUACAGAUAUUCAGGAUAUAGAAGUAGAACCGCAACAAGCAAACACAAAUAAUCCAAAUGAAGUACAUAAGAAUCCAGCGAAUAUUGAUUUG